AAUCCUCGGGCAGGGCUUGGCUGGAAAACGCGGGGGGCUGCCGGUGGUCGCCAUGACUGCUGCAGCAGCCGCUGCCGCUGCCGCUGCCGCUGCCUAGAGCUGAGUCGGGAGGCGCGGCUGGAACGGAGCUGUCCAUUCAGCACCACGGCGCGACGUUUUCGCCUUGGGUGGUGGUUCUAUUCUCGGGCGGCUAGUCCAGGAUGUAUACUCUCCCCAUUUAGAUCUUGGAAAUACUCACAAUGACCGGGUUGAAUCUAAGGGGUUUAUCUGAUACUUAUUUUGAAGAUAAUGAGAUCAGUCUCAAUGUUGGAGGCUUUAAAAAAAAGAUGAGAUACAACACACUAUUGAGAUUCCCUGAAACAAGACUAGGUAAGCUGCUGAGCUGCAAUUCAAAGGAGUCAAUUUUAGAGCUUUGUGAUGACUACGAUGACACUAAGAAUGAGUUCUACUUUGAUAGAAAUCCUGAACUUUUUCCUUAUGUGCUCCAUUUUUAUGACACUGGAAAGUUACAUGUGAUGGGUGAGCUCUGUGUCUUUUCCUUCAGCCAAGAAAUUGAAUACUGGGGAAUCAAUGAAUUCUUUAUUGAUUCUUGCUGCAGUUAUAGUUACCAUGGGAGAAAAAUGGAACCAGAUCAAGAAAAAUGGGAAGAUCACAGUGACCAAGAAAGUACCUCUUCUUCAUUUGAUGAGAUCUUAGCCUUCUACAAUGAUGCUGCGAAAUUUGACAAGCAACCAUUUGGGAAAGUGAGGCGGCAGCUAUGGUUAGCUUUAGACAAUCCUGGCUAUUCUGUCUUAAGCCGAAUAUUCAGUGUUCUUUCUAUUAUGGUUGUUCUUGGAUCAAUAGUAACGAUGUGCCUCAACAGUCUUUCAGACUUCCAGAUUAUUAACAGCUAUGGGAAUUCGGAGGAAGACCCUAGAUUUGAAAUUGUGGAACAUUUUGGUAUUGCAUGGUUUACUUUUGAGCUGGUGGCCAGGUUUGCAGUUGCCCCAGAUUUCCUUCAGUUUUUUAAGCAUGCACUCAAUCUGAUUGACCUCAUGUCCAUCCUUCCAUUCUAUAUCACUUUAAUAGUUAACUUAGUGGUGGAAAGUAGUCCUACAUUAGCCAAUUUGGGUAGAGUAGCCCAAGUCCUGAGACUGAUGAGAAUAUUCCGUAUUUUAAAACUUGCUCGGCAUUCAACAGGCCUUAGAUCUCUUGGAGCCACCCUCAAAUAUAGCUACAGAGAAGUAGGGCUUCUUCUCCUUUACCUCUCAGUUGGAAUCUCUAUAUUCUCAGUAGUAGCUUACACAAUAGAAAAAGAAGAAAACCGAGCCCUGGAAACUAUCCCUGCCUGCUGGUGGUGGGCUACAGUUAGCAUGACCACAGUUGGUUAUGGUGAUGUUGUCCCAUUGACCAUAGCAGGCAGGCUAACAGCUUCUGCAUGCAUCUUAGCUGGCAUCUUAGUUGUAGUCCUUCCUAUUACACUUAUAUUCAAUAAGUUCUCUCACUUUUAUAAGCGCCAAAAACAGCUGGAAAGUGCCAUGAGGAGCUGUGAUUUUGGGGAUGGAAUGAAAGUAGUUCCUUCUGUCAAUUUAAGGGACUACUAUGCUUACAAAGUUAAAUCUCUUAUGGCCAGUCUCACAAAUAUGAGCAGAAGCACACCCAGUGAAUUAAGCCUGAAUGAUUCCUUACACUAAUCUAUGGUUCAAAGGCCUGAUUGCAUGAUGAAAAACCAAGAACUGUGUUUAUAUUAAUUGUUUCUCUCAUUGAGCUUCUAAUGCUGAUGCACAUUGAAAUAAGAAGAUCCAUAAAAGCUAUUAAUUUUGGUAAUAAUUCACAUUUAUUUGAGCAUUGUGAAUGAUUCAUCAUGCAUAAAUUUUAGGAACAAUGUGUGUUUUGAAGUUAGCUCAAAUUUUAUUGCCUUGCAAUUGGAACACACAUUGAAUUAAUCACAAAGUGAUAUGGGGAAAUGGUCAUGCUAUCAUGGAACCUUUGAGCUCCAUAACGAAUGAAAUUUAGUUGCAGGUUGGCUCCUAGUACAUUUUCAUCUAGCUCCUGAUCUUUGUGUUGAGUACUCUAUAACAUUAAUGUUGAUGGUACUGUGCUUGCUUGUCACAUAUAUAAUUUGUUUUGGAAGUCACUCUGACCACAAAAACAAACAAAAGUCACCCCCACAAAAAAGAAAUAUGAUUAACCAGAUUUCCUGAUCUUUGUGAUAUAGUGCAAAAAUGUCCUGAUUUCUGUUUAAUUUUAGAAACCCUCUCAAAGAUCUAUACACAUGAUUAAUAUUGCAUUUCAGAAACCACUUUUCCAUACAUUACUAGGAAUUCAGUUGGGAGUUAAAAUUGCCCCUUAUAAGAAGUAUUGCUGUUGUAAUAUAUUUGUGCAAUUUUAAUUGAGCUUGAUUGUUCUUAAGAACUUGACACUCAGUAUCAUUUGUAAGAUAUUUUAUAAGUAACAAAAACAUGCCAGCUUGAAUGUAAAAAGUUAUGGGAAGUGAUUACCAUGGGUAGUUAAGAGACAGGAUCAAUUCUGGUUUUUCAAAACCCAACCAAUACUAAAUCCUGCCACUGAGUUCUGAUUAAGACUGUUCUUAUAUUUAGAAAUUCAUUCUGGCUCUAUUUGUUGAUUAUCUUACAGUGUGAAUAACAUUGACAGAGUGUGACCAAAUGCUAAGGACUGACUUUCAAGUAGAUGUAAAGCAUGCUGAGUAUAUUAUUCAAGGCCAUGCAUUAAUAUAGACUUUUUCCUUUCUCUGGGAUUCAUUGAUUAAACUCUAUCAUGCCAAAGAAUGGAUAUUUAGGCUUAUAAAGACAGAUCAGAUCUUGAAAGAUAUUUCUGCUGCUGCUAUUAGUAAAAUAUGCAUUCUUAGGCCAUCCUCUCUAAAGGAUCUUUAUAAAAAUUAAGUUUUCCCAAAUAUUUUCCAAACCUACCUGAGAAAAUGCCUGGAUAGCAUUAAUUGAUACUACCUAUAAAGUUUGGAUAGUCUAUUAUGCUAAAAUUUCCAAAAUAAAAUUAACUUAAAAUAUCUGAACUAAAUCAGCACUGUAGAUUUCUACCUAAGAUACUCAUGCAGCUGUCUAUUGAAAAUAUACCAAAUUCAGCAGCAUAGUAGUACAGUCUCAACUGGAAAUUAUGUAAUGAUAAAACUAUACUUAAAAUUGUCAUAUUUAUUUAUAGAAUAUAAAUCUAUCAGAUCUAUCACAAUGAUUGGCUGAAAGCAUAGAGGAAAACUAAUGCCCAACCAGGUAGUAUUUCAUUAAAAUUGUAGCCAAUUAAACACUAAUAUUGCUAGGUAUAUUUUCUUCAAGGUAAAGAUAGAAUUAUUUGUUAUUUUAUCAUACCACACCCAGAGACACCAUUUGAUUAUGUAUACUUGUUGUGUGUAGAUGGAAAAUAGGAGAUACAUUUUUGAUGCAUGUGGGUAUUCAGGAAAAUGUCAAGAUAACUUUUAGUCUACUGUCCAUCCCUCUGCCUGAAUUUCCUAAGGUAAUCUCAAGUAAAACAUUGGUUCAUCCUAAACUUUCUGUCAUGGGGAUUUCAAUGACCACUGAGGAGUGCUUGAAACUUUCCAUUCCAGUGACUAUGGGCCUAGCCCAGCUGGUGUCUGGCCUCACAGAUACAACGGGGCACACAAAGGAUUUUGUUUUCUCUUAUGGAGGAGUCAGGACUUGGAAGUGGAGGAGUCCCAAAUGACUUCAUUUUUAUGGACACAUCACGUCUUUGUUUUAAACUUCUGCAAGGUUGGAUUAUUCCUCUCCAUCAGCUUGCUGUGGUUGGACAAUAGGAACUGGAAUCCAAUACAGGAAGGCAACCACUUGGAAUUAUGGAAAUUAAAAUCCAACAAUACUGCUUAUUCUGAUAGAAUAUCUACAAAAGAAAUUCCAGCUUUCAGAACAAGAGCUAUUAAUUUGUUGUUAUAUGGAAGGUCCCUGCCAUUAUCACAUUAAAAUAACUAUUAGAAUUA